AUGACUGGAUUUAUCAGCUUUGGUUAUGAAGCUAAACAAAGUUAUUUAUCAAUAAGUGGUCAACAAGCAAGAGGCAUGUUCUUUUUUGACUGCUUCAAGUUCCUCCAUAGGAAUAAUUUUAUCAAGACUCUACAUAUUAAAUCAGUCAAUGGAAAGGAAAUGAAAGCUCUGAAGGUUUUUACCGAAGCUUUAAGAUUCUUGAAAGAUGAUGUUCUGAAAACCAUCAAUGAAAAUAUUACAGGAAUGAAGUUCACAGCCUCUGAUUUCACCUGGGUUCUGACUGUUCCUGACUCCUGUGAUCCUUCAGCUAAACCCUUCAUGAGAGGAGCAGCAAUUCAGGCAGGUAUUGUAACAGAUGGAAACACAGAUAACCUGAUCUUCGCUCUAGAAUCAGAAGCAGCUUUAGCCUGGUGUAAGAAGCUUCCAGCUGAUGGUUUCAUCACAGAAACCAGAAUAAAUCUGCAUGAUCUCCGCUCUCCAGAAGACCAACACAUUGUUAUUAUUGCUGAAGAUGAAAACAUUGACUUUGCUGUUCAUGAAGACCUGCAAGGAGGAAGGUUGAAGAUGCUGCAUAGAUCCUCUGUGAAUGAUCUGGGAGGAAAAAGUGUUGAUGGAAAAUAUAAAGAAUUCCUCAGGGAAAUUUUCACUGAUGGAGUCUGGGAUGAAUAUGAAAAAAACUAUCCCACUGAGGUUCAGAGGAUGAUGUAUGAAUUUUCCCUUUUAAAGAAAGGGGAUGGAGAUAUUCAGUUCUGCUGUCCAUUUAAUCUGGGGACGCUAGCUUGUAAACACCAAAACAUAGAACAGUUAUUUGAAGGAGUAGAAGGAGCAUCCUGGAAUGAAGGAUUAAUCAAAAUAUCUAGAAAUAAACUGAGGUCGUUUUUUGCUCAAAGCCUGCAGGGAAUCACUCAUAAUGUCAGAAAAAUCAUCAACAAAGGUUUCAACAUUGGCUGCAUUUGGCUAGUUGGGGAAUUUGCUCAAUGUGUAAUUUUAAGGAAACACAUUACUGAUGAGUUUAUGGAGGUUUGUAAAGUUCUGUGUCCAUUUAGGCCCAGAGAAUCAAUCCUGAAUGGAGCUGUAAUGCUAGGACAACAUUAG